GCUCGUGGGGACGGCGCGUUUAUCCCCGCAAGACAUGAAGGGCUUCCUGAUGUUCACCCUCCUCCUGCUGCCCGUGCACGCUGGAACUGCUUGGAGUGCCAAAUACGCGGUAGAUUGUCCUGAGCCCUGUGACAGCAACGCGUGCAAAAGUACCUUGCGCUGUAAGCGAACGGUGCUGGAUGACUGUGGCUGCUGCAGGGUGUGUGCGGCUGCUCUGGGGGAGACUUGCUAUCGUACGGUCUCGGGUAUGGAUGGUGUCAAGUGUGGUCCUGGGCUGAAGUGCCAGUUUUACACUGAGGAGGAUGACUUUGGUGAUGAAUUUGGUAUCUGCAAAGAGUGUCCCUACGGCACCUACGGAAUGGAGUGCAGGAAAACUUGCAAUUGUCCGUCUGGCAUCUGCGACAGAGUCACUGGGAAGUGUUUGAAGUUUCCGUUUUUUCAACUCUCUGCUCCAAAUCGACGAAAAGCCAUUUCACACCCAGAGAACGACAUGGCAUCAGGGGAUGGCAAUUCAGUAAAAGAGGAAUUUGUCAAGGAGAAAGCAAUUCAUUCUCCGGUAAUGAAAUGGCUAAAUCCUCGCUGAUAUUUACUCUCACUCAUAAGACUUUCAAGUGAAUGCAUUUCUCAGAUUAUUGAAUAUGCAACAACACACUUUAAGAACUAGGUAGACCUAUAGCAUAUGAAAAUGUAACCUCUGAAGGCCAAUUGUGAUUCUGUUUUUCAUGAGAAAAAUGUUUACUUAAAAAUAGACUGUACAGUGUAUAUGAUUUUUGAUAUUUGUUUUGAUACGUAUUUGAACACAGAAAUGUAUUGUGGAUUGCUGAAUGUAUAGUAUUAUUAAAAAGAAGAAAACAACAACACAAUUCAA